CUUCAUAGUACGGACCUGGAUUACGUCGAAAUCAAAUCGAUCGCUCGAACGGAAGACAAAUCAACGAAAUCAACCGAACGGGUCAAAUCGAGUCAAAAUACGAAAUCGACCAAUCAAUCCGGCGUGGGGGUUAAUCUGUCAGCGAUAUCAACUUGGGGCAGCGGCCGGAUGCGGCGACGGUGACGGACGCCGGCGACAGUGGCGUAGCGGCAACUCGACGGCGAUGAGCAGCGACUGGCGGCGCUGCACUCGACGGCGGCGGAUGGCCGCUGUGCAAAGGGAGACGGCGGCUGGAAGCUCGGCGAUCGGCUGGAAGCUCAGGCGACGGCGGCUCUCGAUUCCGGCGAGGGCGAAACAGCGGCGUCCGGCGUUUGGCGACGUCCUCCGUUUGGCGUGGCGGCGCUGCAAAUCGGCGGCGGCGAUGAGCGACCGGCGCUGGCUCACGGCGGUGAGCGACGGCGGCUGGAGGCGAAGGAAGCAGCGGCGGCGCUGCAACUCGGCGGCGGCGAUGAGCGACCGGCGCUGGCUCACGGCGGCGAGCGACGGAGCCCUGGCUUGCGCGACGCCGGGCAGCGACAAUUGGCUGCGGCGAACCUCCGGCGGCUACUCCAAUUGUACGGCGGCGAUCGGCGCUGGUGCGGCGAGGCUUCCGGCGGCGAGCGACGAAGAAGAAUGAAGGAGAAGAAGAAGGAAGAAGAAGAAGAAGAAAGAAGAAGAAAAAGGACGGACGAACGAAGGAUAAGGUUUGUGUGGUUAUGUUUAUUUAAUGGUCCCAUUCCAAAAAAGAUUGGGAUUCGGACCCAAAAUACCUGAUUAAAUGGUCAUAACUUGAGCUCUGUAACUCCGAUUCGCGAGCCGUCUGAACCGACGCGAUCACAAAAAUAUUUCCUACGAGAUGACAUAAAAGUUGGGCUUAAAAUCCAAAUUAUAAUUUUAACCCCUUAUUGGGCCCAAUUCGUAAUCAAUUGCUCUAACAAUU